AUGGUCACCCGCCCCACCACCCCCACCCAACCCACCACCAUCACCAUCACCGCCCCCAGCCCUUCCCCGGCCGUGUGGAAGGAGGUCGGCGGCUACAUCGAAAAAGACGGCGAGUACUACGCGCUAACCGAGACCCUGCACCAGCGCGCCCUCGCCGCCCUGCGCGCCGAACACGCCGACGAGCUGGCCGCCCUCAAGCAGGCGGCGCACGCCACCGCCCUCAAGCAGGCCGCCAGCGCCCAGUGCAUCGCCGCCGUCAAGCAGCUCCGCACCAGCAUGCGAGCGCUGCGCGCCGAGCAGGCAGCCCACAGGGCGACUAAGGCCAAGCUGGCUGACGCAUUCGCUGCCAUCGCGGACUUGGACAUGGACGUGUCCGUCAUGCAGCACGACAUGGAGGAGGCGGCGGCUAAGCAGCGCGAGGAGAGGGAUGAGCUGCGGCGCGGCAAUGCGGGGCUGGCCGAGGUGUGCGAGGAGCUGGCGCGCGCCGCGGCGCAUGCGGAGGCGGAUCGGGACUUCGUCGUGGUGAUGGCCGCGCGUGACCGGGACGUGCGCAUGGCGGCGCAGCGGGAGGAGGAGGAGGAGGAGGAGGAGAAGCGGCAGGCGCUGCAGCAGGAGACGCGGCAGGAGGUGGAGAGGCUGGAGAAGGAGGUGGAGAAGGAGCGGGCGCGCGGCGACGGGCUGGCUAGGCUCGGCGAGCAGCGGGAGCGCAUGGCGGAGCAGCGCAGCAAGACGCUGGAGUGCGCGGCGCAGAACCUGAGGGACCGCUUGGCGUAUAGCGAGGAGCAGCUCAAGGCUGCGCGGGCGCAGAUCCGGGAGGGGAUCAAGCUGUACUGUCAGCUGCACGUCCGCAUGGGCCAGCAGAGCGCCGAGUUGAGGCGGCUGCGGGAGGCUAGGGUUUACGAUUAG